UACCAUGACAUUUCCAGUAGUGCUUAUACCAUCGCCUGUUCACGAGGCUUUCGGAAGUAUUCAAUGGGAUUCAUUUUUACAUUUAAAGCUUUCUAAUCCAGAAAAAGCGCUUUUACAAGCCGGAGAACAGAACGUUAUCGAGUACACGCUGUACGACAAAGAAGAUGCUGCAGCUUAUGUGCAGCUCCUGCUUAAAGUUCUCGAUCAAAUAACUAGUCAUCGUGGAACAUCGUCGCGUCGAACGUCACUCAAAGUUUCCAAGCUCUCCUUGGCCGAAAGUUUGCCACCCGUUGACGCGCUGCAGUACCUCGACUGUGACGGCAUUGGAGUGGCCACACACUAUGUCAUCUCGCAACUUUAUGAAGUCAUCACGACACUCAAAAGUAACGCUUUCGCUUCACGGACCAAAAGCAACAGUGUCGUUGCUAGCAGCAACUUUGUGUCGAAAGCCACUUUGUCCAGCAUAUUCUAUCCAUCAGGCAUUUUGAUUGACGACUGGCGACCUCUUUUGCGUAUUCUACUGGGUACAAAGAGCGAUUCUUAUGUGCACAGAGGAUCAGGUUUCUGUCUGGCGUGUAUCCUCUUGGAAGGAUGCACUCUGCAAACAAACGGCCAUCUAUUUUCGCCAAUAUCAUCAAUUUUGGAAUCCUUUGUUUCGUGGAUUGUGUCUCGGCUACAGAGUUCUAGCACACAAUCUCUUUCUAUGGUUACCUCAAGCUUGACUGUCAUCAUCUUGUCAAAAGAAGUUCGGCAUCUCUUUGGCAAAGCGGGAGGUGUUGGAUAUCUGAGUCGGCGCUUACGCGUUCAUCAAAAAUCAAUUGAUUCAAAGAUUAGUGCUUCCGUGCAACAUCAAUACGAACUCUCCUACUGCCUCUGGAUCAUGUCGUACGAUUGUGACACAUCGGUAUCAAUGCGAAGCCACUUUCAUAGAGACGGAUCAGUCCAAGCACUGGUAGAUAUGGUGGCCGCUGCACCUCGCGAGAAGGUUGUGCGGUGUGCACUAGCAACCCUGCGUAAUUUGGCAACGUGCGCUGCGGACGAAGCGCCUUUGGAAUUGGCAAAGAAAAACAUCAAUGGUUCAACAUAUUUGAUUGAUAUGAUAGGUUGUGGUCUACCCAAGUUGAUUGACCUGAUGAUGAAUUGCCCAAUUGCUGACUUCGAGAUUAGCGAAGACUUGGACAUUCUCCAUAAACUUUUGCACGAAACUUGUCAAGAGCUAACACGUUGGGACGUCUAUAAAGUGGAGCUUGAUUCCACUAACUUGACAUGGGGGAUAGUCCACACCGAAAAGUUCUUUCGCGAAAACGCCCGAAAAAUGGAAGGAUCCGAUGGAAAGUUUGAAAUGGUGAAGACCCUAAUUCAAUUGACUGCAUCGGAUAGCGAGGAUGUCGCCGCAAUUGCUUGCUUUGAUUUAGGGGAAUUUGUUCGUCAUUACCCUAAUGGAAGAGACAUUGCUCGGCGCCUUGGUGCGCGGGAUUUUGUUUUCCCGCUCAUUGAGCACGAAAAUCCCAAACUACAGCAUCAAGCAUUAACUUGUAUCUCAAAAUUGUUAGUCCAAAAUUGGAAGUCAUUAGGAUAA